UGUAUGCGCGUUUAUGUGUCUAUGUAUAUAUGUGUGUGUGUGUGUGUGUGUGUGUGAGCGGCCCUCAGCGUGCGCAUGCAGGAUCAGUGUGAGAUUAGAGACUGAAGCGGACGGACCCCGAACACAAUGACUCUCCUGAGCUCCGAACACUCCGUCCUGAUCCGCAGCAAGUUCAAAUCAGUCCUGCAGUUGAGGCUCCAGCAGAGGAGAACCAGAGAGCAGAUCUCAGAUCAGGCCAUCAUGCCUCCCUUGAAGAGUCCGGCUGCGUUCCACGAGCAGAGGAAAAAUCUGGAGCGAUCCAAGAAUGGAGAAUAUUUAAAGCACAAAAUCAGAAGUAGAUCUGAGAAAUCAGAGCUGGUCAACAUGCGGAUUCUACACGACGGUGACGGUCCUGCAGUAGACACACACUCCAGACUGAAGAGAGUCAGACUGACAGAGCAGAACAUGAGCCCGGUUCAGGAGGACACAGACACAGUGAAUGAUGGGUCGCAGCAGGACUCGUAUGCGUUCGAGGAGGACAGUAGCAGUGAAGAGUCGCUCCUGGAGAACAAGAGCAGCGGAUCCUGUUCACCUGCAGCAGAGAGCAGCCGUCAACAUGGCUCUCAAAUUAAAGACGGCAGCUCUCAAAAUCAAGACGAGAACAUGACGAACGGCCAGGAAAACCCACCGGUUCCAGUUCCUGCAAUAGUCAAGUCUAAAAUGUCUGAGAAGAACCGACACAAGAAGCCCAAAGACAUGAAGCCCAAAGUGAAGAAGCUGAAGUAUCACCAGUACAUUCCUCCAGACCAGAAGGCGGAGCGUUCUCCAGCGCCGCAGAUGGACUCGGCGUAUGCGCGCCUGCUGCAGCAACAGCAGCUCUUCCUGCAGCUGCAGAUCCUCAGCCAGCAGAAGCAGCAGAUGCAGACGCAGCAGACGCAUGCGCAGAUGCAGACGCAGCAGAGCUUCAGCUACCACACACUCGGCACACACACACACAACAAGCAGGCGAGUGAAGCGCAGGCCUCGUGCAGCUCCAGUGUUCACACCAGCACCAGCAGCAGCAGCAGCAACUCAUCAUCUCCAGUGAAGAACAGCUACUGCUCCUCCAUCAGCCCCGUCCGGCCCGCACCGCUGCCCGCUAACCUGGACGACCUGAAGGUGUCAGAGUUGCGUCAGCAGCUGCGUGUGCGUGGUCUUCCGGUGUCCGGGACUAAAACUGCCCUGAUCCAGCGUCUGCGGCCCUUCAGAGACUCCAGCUGCGGCUCUCCGUUGGGCCCCGGGGAUCCCGGCUCCUCCACAUUCCCAGCGUCCUCCUUCCAGCCUCCUCCACCCUCCGCCGGCCUCCACCCAUUCUGCAGCUCCACUCCGCCCGCGUCUCCGGCUUCCUCUGAUCUCUCCAUCAGCGCAGACAGCUUCAGCGAUGCCACCGUGUCACCAUUCGGCACGCAGCCGUCUCCGGCACACACUGAACACACACCGGACGCAGAGAAGGACAAGAUGCUGCUGGAGAAACAGAAGGUGAUCGAGGAGCUGAUGUGGCGGCUGCAGCAGGAGCAGCGGCAGGUGGAGGAGCUGCGCACGCAACUGCACAGGCGGAGGCUGGAGCCGCACACACACACACACACACCCUUCUGCAGCGCGGUGGUCAAGCAGGAGCCGCUGUCCUCCAGCUGUGUGGAGCUGCAGACGUCUGGGGGUGUGUGUGCGUUCCUCAGUCCGCAGUGUUCUCCGCAAGAGCCUCCGCUCAAUAAACCCUGCAGCAGCCCCCAGUCCACACACACAUCGCCUGCGCACACACACCUGCUCACACACACACUCAACCACAACAACACCAACAGCAGCAGCCGGAGCGGCAUACAGCUCCAGCAGAAGAGCUCUGCACCGCCUCUGAGCUGCUCGUACUCGUCUGAGCAGAGACCCGUCCAGCUUUACUGCAGUCCAUCAGAAAACAGCGUCAGUUCCAGAGCUGCAGCCAAGAGCAGGAGCGCCGCACCGCAGAGAGAGGCUCGGUCCCCGUCGUCUCCCGCUGUCUUCUGUAGUUCAGAUUGUCCUGCAUCUGUCAGUAAGCGGCCGCCGUGUUACCAGGAUGCUGUCAAACAGCAGAUGGUGCGCAGUCAGCAGAUGGAUGAGCUUCUGGACGUCCUCAUCGAGAGCGGAGUUUCCCCGAGCGGCGGCCGCUUCCACCGACCAUACGACACUCACACAGACGUCCAGCUGGAGGCGCUGCUGCACCGCACACACUCACAGACACACACGCAGACACACAUAGACCCGAGCGCACCGGCGGAGUUGCUGAUGGAGCCGCUGUCGCCCUCUGCUGGUAAGCUGGCGGUGCUGGAGGCUCAGGGUCUGGGUCUGGGCUUCUGCGAGUCCCCCUGGGAGAGCAUGGAGUGGCUGGAUCUGACGCCGCCGGGCUCCACCUUCCAGAGCGCCGUCCCGCCCGCAGCCACACACACACACAACAUCUUCAGCUCCGAGUUCCUGGACGCGGCGGACAUCAGCCUCAACCUCGACCAGUGGUGAAGAACACACACACAUAUGGACACCGCUACGGUUGCUAUGACAACUCAACAUUACCAUAACAUGUCAUAAAUCUGUCAUAAACAUGAUCAUCAGCAUAUAACUCAUUGUGAAUUUUAUAACAGCAUCAUUAAUAUAUUUGCUGACCUCAACAACAGUGGUACGAAUCGAAUGUAAAAUAUAAUUCAAUAUUCAUGACGCUGUUAUAGAAUGAUUUAAGGAGACAUUUUUAACCAAUUCAAUCUGCAUCGUGAUCAGACGUAUCACCCUGACACAUUUCUAAUGGCCUGGCUGUUUUGAAGAAGAAACAAAUCCCUAAUUAUGGAAAUGAAUAACUGAUAAUAAUAUGUCGUAACGGCAUGGACUGUUGGCUUACUGACCAUGAGCUCAGUGUGCUUGAUCACGGUUUUACCACAGUCAGCCUGAGGAUUCUGGGAAUGUUUAGAUCACUGGAAACAGCAGAACUCCAGGACUGAGCGCUGUACAUACACACUCAAUCAUCACUUCAUUUGCUGCACAUGUGUGGUGUGGAAGAAACUCGUAUUAAUGCAUCACACUCUUAUUAUAUGGCUGUAUUCUCUCUAGUCUAGUGUAAAUAUGAGCACCUCUGCUAGUGUACGCCACGCUCUACACCACAUUAUUAAUUUAUUCUCAGAGAAAUCUGUGCUUUAUUAUUCAUUCAGACACGCCAGAAAAACGAAAUCUGAACAAACUCGACUUUAUUACUGGAGAUUAUUAUUUGAUGAUAAUCAAACUCCAAAUAUUUCUGUUCUGAUCCCCUUAGUCUGUUCUGCAUUGUAGAUUUGCUUGUGUUAUUAUCAUAAUUCCUGUCACGUCUAUUAUUAUGACCAAUCAACCAACAAAAACUGUUUAUUUGAAUCUUUUUUCUGAUGUAUUUAAUUGCUCCUUUUCUUAUCAUUAGCAUAUUAUUUAUGCAUAUUUAUGAGACAUUCCUUUUCAUGUGUGAGAUCCAUCAGUCAUGUUCAAUCCUCCAAUUAUUGAUCUUUUCAUGCAAUCAUCCACAUGCACUGCUGAUUUAUCUGACUUUAAUCAGAAAUAUUAGUCCUCCUGUGAAAUGUUCCUUCUUUUUCUAAUGUUUCCCGAUGCUGUUUAACAUUUACAUUUCAUUUUAUUAUCAAAAUAUAUUUGAAUUAUAUUAUAUUCAUUAAUUUUCUUUUCAGCUGAGUCCCUUUAUUAAUCUGGGGUCACCACAGCGGAAUGAACCACCAACUUAUCCAGCAUAUUUUUUACGCAGCAGAUGCCCUUCCAGGCAGAGAAUGAAUGAAUGAACAGGGUGUGCUGUCAUCAUGACAAAGACAAAAUAAAUGGGUUAUCAGGAAUAUUGUUGAAAUUACUUUGGAAAAUGUUUGAAAAAUAAUUAAUUUCACAGGAGGACGAAUAGUUCUGACAUGUUACUCAAUCUUAAAUGUUCUCCUGAGAAGCAGAUCGUCUCUGACCCACUUUACCAGCACUUGUGAAAAAUCUGAACUCCACAUAUAUAUCUAUUCUCCGACUGUGAAAUGUACUGUGCAUUAUUAUAUCUGUGGCAGAUUUGGGACCUGACUUUUGAACUUGUUAAUAGCUAUGUGUUAAACUUUAGUUAUGAAUUGUUAAACCUGAUCACUGAACAGCGGAGUGACUUUUUCUACAUAAUAUCAGCUCUUUAAAAGCUUAAGCUGUGAAUAGAGUUUAACUGAAAUAUAGGUGUUUUUAUUUUAUCGUUUGUAAUAUUCCACUGCUCUCGGUGCCUUGACUUCUUCACUGUUUUCUGUAAAGCCUUAAAGUCAGAAUGAAUGAAAAACACACACAGUGAAAUAACCUUUAAUUCCAGCACAAAUGAACAUUGAGAGGGCAUUAAAGACCAACAUCAGCUCUGCUUUCCAUUGGAGACUCAGUAUUGACCGCAGUACUGUUUUACAGACUAAUCUAUUUUAUUAUAAUGUAGGAAAAUCAGAAUAAAUAGCACACCAUCAGGUGCUUUCAGUAUUUUGUGAUACAGAUAUUUGGGCUGUACUCCAGCUGAAGAGUGUGUAAAGUGUUAUUUGUGUAAAGAUUUUAUUUUUCUAAGUUUUGACUGAAGAUCUAUGCUGUUUUUUUCAUGUACUAUUAUUAAUUAUCUUUACCUCCAGGAAAAUGGAGGAUUUGUGUCUUAUUUCUCAUAUUCAGACGACAAAAAGCUCCUGUAGCGCUUGGCCACUGAAUGUUGAUAUGAUAUGAGCGUCUGCACCACUGUAUUACUGUACCAGCCUUCAAUAAACCAACAUUAAACACACA